GAACAACCCCGCAAAAUUAUUAAAGGAUGUAGACAAUUAUAUAGAGGUUAUCUAGUGACGAAAUAUUACGCCAGGAUCAGAUUGUACGCAGUUCAUUUUAUAAUUUUUUCGCAAAUCUGUGAUUUUAAGGCAGAAAUAAUCAUGUUACGCACAGGAGUAACAAUUGCCAGGAGUGCAUUGAAUGUGAGGAAUUAUGCAAAUGCACCAGCUCAGGAAGCCGUGAUUUCCGCAACUUUUAAAGUCCAGGAUAACAAGGAUUUCAAUGAUCGAGUGAAAAAUUCGAAAGUUCCAGUAAUCAUUGAUUUUUUCGCAACAUGGUGCAAUCCUUGUCGAAUGUUAACGCCUCGAAUUGAAUCAGUAGUAGCAGAAAAGCAGGGACGAAUUCUUCUAGCUAAGGUUGACAUAGACGAAAACACAGAUCUCGCGCUUGAUUACGAGGUUGGAUCAGUACCGGUUUUGAUUGCAAUGAAGGACGGCAAAGUCCUUGAAAGAAUUGUUGGAUUACAGGACACAGAUAAACUCCGUCAAUUUGUGGAAAGAUAUUCAGAAACAGACAAAUGAAUUGUGACUUUGUUAUACUUUAGAUGAAAAACUAAGUUUUAUAGCUCAUCUUAUUCCUCACAACACAGUCAAAUUCUAUCUCGAAUGAGUGUUAUUAGCUGCGAUAAUAAUUUUAUAGGUCCGAAUUUAUUAGUGUAAUCCUGUGGAGGAAACCAUUAUUUUAAAUAAAUGUAGGCUCUCAAACUGA